UUUUGACUCGCCCGACACAACUCGUAAAAAUACUCAGCGAUACACUACGCAACAAAACUAAUGAAGAUAUAUGUAUUACUUGGAGCAGCAGGGGGAAUCCUAUGACACUAGUCAACCGCAGUAUAUCAGUGUUAAUAAAUAAUCAUAAUAUUUGUGCCUUUCGAGAUUGCAGAGGACUAGAAGUGCAGUUUGGUGCAGUUUGGUGACAGCCGGAAUUUCAAAGGAUUUGCGUGGUGUCUGAAGCCUUCGAACUAAGUUGGAGUUGAACUGAUUACUUCAAACUUGUUGAGCAACCGGGUGAAGGGAAGAAGAAAAUUCCCAAGACAACGGUGCACAAUGGAACAGCGGCCGACAUACUCAGAAGUGAAAUUACAUGAGAAGGAGCUACAACUGAUAGAGAUGACACGGCAGCUAGCAAAUGCCCAGCAACAAUUACAAGAGAAACAUGAACAAUUGACAAGUGUUCGAAGGCAAUUGCAAAUAAAAGAGAGUCAACUGACUGAAAUGCAGGAAAGUCUUUCCACAGCUCAACAUGCCCUAAAUGAACGUCAACACCAGGAGUCACCUGACUGGGUGAUUCCACGAAAUCACAUCCAACUGACUGAUAAGCUCCUCGGCAAAGGAGGAUGGGGAAAGGUUGUGGAAGGGAAGUAUUGCGGUUGUGCUGUUGCAGUGAAAACAAUCCAUGAAUUGAUUCUCUCCCCUCAUAACCGCAGACUGUUUGGGCGAGAAAUGAAGAUUGCCUCAAGAUGCCGUCACCCCUGUUUGCUGCUGUUAAUUGGGGCAACAAACGAUGACGGAAGUCCUGUAUUUAUAACAGAACUCAUGGAAACUAGUUUAAGAGCACUUAUGGAGCAGCGAUCACUUUCUUCGACAGAAAUCUCCUUUAUAUCUUUGGAUGUGGCUUUGGCAUUAAACUACUUGCAUCAGAAACAACCCUUGCCCAUUAUUCAUCGUGACAUCAGUAGCGCAAAUGUGUUGCUAUCCCGUCAAGGUAACCAAUGGCGAGCUAAAGUAUCAGACUACGGAACUGCUAAUUUUAAGCAACACACCAUGACAGUUGCACCAGGGAAUGUGAUCUAUAGUGCCCCUGAGGCACUCUCAAAGAGUCAAACAGUCAAGGUUGAUGUGUACAGCUUCGGUGUUCUUCUGUGUGAGAUGUGUGUCCGAGAACUGCCAGAUCCUGAAAGGCUUAAACAACAAGUUGUUAUGGUUACAAACCAUGAACUGCGAAGUCUCAUUCGGAAAUGUUUGCAGUUAGAACCAGAGGCGAGGCCAAGUAUGGAAGAAAUAAUUACUGAGCUUCAGCCAGAGGAGAGCAGCCAAAUGGUAGUUCCAGCAGAUGAGAGCGGUCAGGAAUACCAAGGCAUACUAUUUCCUUCAGAUCAGAGGAACCAACAAACAGUUCCUUUUAAAGGUGGAGGAAGCCAAAUGACAGUCAACAUUCAUAACUUUGAGGUUGGAUCUAUGGUAGAAGUUCCUGUAGCGGAUGCCGGUUACACCAGAUAUGGUGUCAUUCGCUGGAUUGGAAACCUUCCAUCUAUAAACAAGCUGGCAGCUGGUUUGGAGUUGGAAGAGGAAGAGUCUGCAUGUUCAGAUGGGACUUUUCAUAAAGAAAGAUACUUCACCUGUCCAAGGGGAAGAGGUUUCUUUGUUCUAUUGGAGAAUUGCCGACCAGAUUCCCGGUUUGCUAACUCGUCAACGACUGAUGCCAGUUUAAAUACUGAAAAAGACUUUGUAAGCAUGCGCUCUCCAAAAAUAGAAGGCAUAACCUUGCCUCGUACUACUCUUGAGGAUAGUUACUGUGGCCCCAUGCGCGGCCUCCAAGGUCACCAUUUCUCUUCCUACCUUGACGCCACACUUUUCAGUAUGUUCGCAUUCACAAGUGUGUUGGACACCCUGCUGCAUCGUCGCAGAAAAGAUAAUGAUUUGGAGGAAUAUGAUCAAGUGCAGCGUGUGCUAAGAAACUUGAUUGUCAAUCCUCUGAGAGUGUACGGUUUCGUUCGUGCAGACCGCCUUCUUGCGCUGAGACAACUGCUUGACCGGCUCAGCUCCACAGCGGGCCUAAUAAAUGAAGCAAAAGACCCAGAGGAAUUUUUAAACGCUCUCCUGCAACAAGUAUUAAAAGAGGAUCCAUUCCUUCACUUAAAGCCCCGAGAUGUACAAGAGAAGAAAUGUGAAGGAGCUUUCUUGUACCAAAUAAUAACUGACAAGGAUGAAACGGUGAAAAUUGCUCAGGUCCAAACUAUGUUAGAGCAGUCUUUUAUCUCAGCAGAUCUCUUUCUAUCUGAGGUACCAUCGUGUUUGAUUCUUCAGAUGCCUCGGUUACGUAACAGACUCAAAGUUUACGAGAUGAUUCUACCCAAUCUGCAACUCGACCUCACUUACAUCGUCGAAAAUGGUGCGUGCCACAGGAAUCUCACAUGUAGCUUUACUUUGUCAGAGUCGCUAUCUGGCGACGCAAACUCAUGCAAGAGUCGCAGCAAACAACGGGAGAGAACGCCAAAUGUUAUAUAAAUCAACUCGUGUCACCUAUUGCGCGUUACUACGUCUUUAGUUGUGUGAUUUACAAAGUGUGACGUCAUUUUGCAAAGAGCUUGUUG